AGUGAACUUGAAUUUGGAGAAAAAGACGGUGCAAUUACGCCUGCUAUGGAUAUAUUUUCUUUAGGCUGUGUGAUUGCUGAACUUUUCUUAGAGGGCACACCGAUAUUUUCUUUAGCUCAACUAUUCGAAUACAGAGCUGGAGAAUAUGAUCCAGGAGUUUAUCUGGAAAAAAUUGAGGAUGCAGAAAUAAGGGCUCACCCAAGAACAUUGGCUACUAAUGGCACCAGUAAAGCUGCUGAACCUCAAGACUCCAAUAUUACAACGGGUACUGUUCUAAAUACGGACGCAGAUGAUAAAAUAGAAAGAAUUUACUAUGAAUUUGAUAAAAUAGCGUUUUUCCUUGGAUUUUACAAUGAGAAUGUGCAAGAUACUGAGAUGGUUGUUAAUAAUAGCCAUUCAGAUAAAGUUGGUGAAAGUUCCCGUCCUAUAGAAGAUGAUGGUGCAUUAAUAUUCCUAUCUUUAAUAUGCGCUACCAUCCGUAAUGCUGUAUAUCCUUCAUCAAAACUUCAUGCGUUGGAUAUGUUGCUUGCAAUUGGGCAGCAUUUGGAAGAUGAAUUUAAAUUGGAUCGUUUAGUCCCUUAUUUAAUCGCACUUUUAGGUGAUGAAAUUGGUCUUGUUAGAGCUAAUGCUGUCAAGACGUUGGCACACUUGACUAUUACUCCUUCAAACGCAACUAUUUUCCCAGAGUAUAUAAUGCCUAAUCUUCGCAAAUUUGCUACUGAUCCUGAAAUCCUUGUAAGGAUGACAUACGCCCAAUGUAUUUCAACUUUUGCAGAGACAGCAUUACGAUUUCUUGAAUUGACACAAGCAAAAGACUAUUUAAAUGUUGCUGAUAAUGAUGCUGAGAUUGAAGGAUCAUAUGAGAUUGCUAAUACGAUUUCCUUUAAGGCGACUUAUGAUGCUACUUUACAUGACCUUCAAUCAAUUAUACAAGAGCAAGUGACCACUCUUUUAAUUGACACAGAAAGUGCGGUUAAACGUGCUUUACUGUCAAAUAUUACUAGCCUUUGUAUUUUCUUUGGUCGACAAAAAGCCAAUGAUGUGUUACUGAGCCAUAUGAUAACAUACUUGAAUGAUCGUGAUUGGAUGUUAAGAAGCAUAAUCGGUGUCGGUACUUUUGUUGGACGUCAAAGUUUGGAAGAAUAUAUUCUACCUUUGAUGAUUCAAUCUCUCUCUGGUAAAAUAUUACAUUAUUACUAUGCGGAAGAAUUUGUUGUAGAAAAAGUUCUUAAUUCACUCACAAGCUUAGCAGAAUUAGGAUUAUUUCAAAAAAUGAAGUUGUGGGAAUUAAUUGCCAUUGUAUCGCCACUAAUAAUUGUUAUUUAUCUUCCUAUUUUAGGAACCAUUGCUUUUAUUGCGUCGGCUGCAAGACUUUUGCCAACAACUGAUGUUUGGUGUAUCGCAUAUCCGAUAAUAAGACCAUUUUUGCAGGCUGACAUUGCUGAAGUUACAGAACUUCAUAUAUUAGAGAAUGUUAAAGAACCGAUCCCACGUCCCGUGUUUGACAAAGCUGUCUCUUGGGCUGGAAAAUCAAAUAAAUCUUCAUUUUGGAAACAAGCUAAAGAACGCAAAGCAAAUAAAUCAGCUUCAACAACAGUUUCGGGCAACUCUAGCCUUCUCAAAGCCGAAGAUCAAGCCCGCUUGAUUCCUACUAGUCUUCGGGAAGCGAGAAUGAAUUCGGAAGGAAAAGUUCCAACUAAACCUGUAUCGUCAUCACAUCAACCUGAACUUGUUACCAAUUCCUUAACUCCGUCUUUUUCGACACCAGUACGUGAAAGGCACAUUUCUUUAGCCAAAAGACCGGUUGAAAGUCCGAAGGCGGCACCUGCAACCAGUACCAAUACGACAACUGUUAUUGGAACCAUGGAGAUGCCUAUUCCCGCAGUUUCCAAGCCAGAUAUAACCAUAAAUGGUCUCAAUGGAAAUGUUGGUCCACAGAUAGAAGAAAUUCCAACGAGAAAAAAUCUUGGCGCAUUUGUUUCCAGCACAUAUGAGGGCAAUGAUCGAAAUGUCAAAAUUUUGUUGGAUAACCUAUACCUUGAAUCAUUUCCUGAACCUAUGCCAGUAACCAAACCAUUGGUUCCACGUCCCGGAAAGGCCGCAAAAGGAACACCCGUCCUGAGAACUAUUACUAAUUGGAGGCCCGAAGAUAAUGGAAGUAUCCAUAUAUUUAGAAUUGAUUAUUCUCCUGCAGUCCCUGCACCAAAGUACGGAAAACCACAAAUUGUGAGAGAAACGUGCUUGAAUGGAGAAUAUGCUGUGGCAAUGGAGCAUUAUGAUACUGAUUUAAGAACAAUGCAAAUAGUGUGGAAAUUUGAAAAUCCUAAAAGCCAUGGUGUCAUUACAGCAAUGGUAUCUGAUAAAAAACACAGGUGGCUUCUUAUUGGUACAUCUCGAGGAAUAUUUACACUAUGGGAUUUACGUUUUAGAAUUCAAAUCCGAUCAUGGGUUCACCCUACUAAAAGUCGAAUUAGUAAGCUUCUCUUACAUCCUCAAAUUGGAAAUCAGAAGUGGUGGGUAAUUGUUGCUGCUGGAAAAAAUGAAGUUUCAGUUUGGGAUAUAGAGAAGGUUGAAUGUAAAGAAGUUUUUGGUGUGAGAACUGGUGACGAGAAGAUUGGUGGUAUAUCUUUGGAUAUGUUUAAGGCCGUUGAACCUCCAGGUCCAAAUGAUAUAUUGCGAAGUGCUUUUACUGCUCAUGAAAGCAGUUUUUCUGCAGAUAAUUCUAUUCGAGCAGUUCUUUACCCGCAUGAGUGUAAUUAUAUGAUAACAGCUGGAUCAGACCGCAAAGUUAGGUUUUGGGAUAACAACCGAAUUGAAGAUUCGUAUGUGAUUGUUGGAUCAGAUCCUGACGAUACUAGACCUACUUAUAAUCAUCGUCCACUACAUCGUCUUUACAAAAUUCAACACACUCAAAUGGGCAUAAUAGUUCAAGCCAUAGUGGCAUUAAACGACCAUUGCAUAACUGAUUUAGCAAUUACAGAAAUUCCACACCCAAUGUUAAUUAGUGGAGAUAGAGAUGGUGUUAUUAAGGUAUUUUUGUAG